UACUUUUAUAGUCGCAUUCUUCAGGCUUUGCUUUGUUCCUACGAGCAAAUCCGAGUUCUCUCGCCCAGCAACCACAACCGCUUCUUCUUCCUCUCAUUUUCCCCCGUUUUUAUCUUCCAACACCUCCUUACCGCUAUUGAUUUCGUUGGAAGAGAUAUCAACUUCUCAGCUUUUCUGGUUUGUUUUCUUGAAUUCUGUUGGGGGAAAGAAGAAAGGGUAUCAACUAGUAUGGAGAAACGGAUCUUUUUGAUGCUGUUGUUGAUUGUGUUUGGGAAUCAAACAUUCAUUGCCUUCUGCGUUAGGGUUCCGAUUUGUGCUCCGAGGUCUGCUAAAGAUUACACCUUUUUUGAGCUACGCGAUCCGACCUGUCCACUUUCUGACGAGCCUCUUCAUUUUCUUGCCGUCACGGAGGGUGAUGAGCGUUGGUUACAAACAGCGUUGGAUAUGAUUCAUGAAAACAAGUGUAACUAUGUGGCUUUGCUCUUCUAUGCAUCAUGGUGUCCUUUCUCAACCUCCUUUAGACCAACCUUCCAUGUCAUCUCUUCUCUUUACUCCUCAAUUCCUCACUUUGCAAUUAAGGACUCAUCCGUUAAGCCAAGCACCCUCUCUAAGUAUGGAGUUCAUGGCUUUCCUACUCUCUUUCUUGUGAAUUCAACGAUGAUGGCACGAUACCGAGGAACUAGACUUCUUGAUUCUCUUGUUGCGUUCUACAGCGAUGUUACCGGCAUUGAGACGCUGGAUAAGACUUCCAUCGAGAAAAGCGUACCGGUUCCUCAUCUUAAGGGGAACAACGAAAACAACACUGAGACAGAGAACUGCCCUUUCACAUGGGCUAGAUCACCCGAGAACAUGAUUCGCCAAGAGACCUGUUUGGCUCUUGCUGUCGUAUUCGUUCUGUUGAGAUUGCUCUAUUUGGUUUAUCCUGCGCUCGUUGUGUUGAUGAAGUACACUUGGAGACGGAUUGCUCAUAACACGAGGCAGGAAAGCCUGCAAGAACACACCGUGGGGUUUCUGAGCCGGGCUGUACAGUUAUGCAUUCAUCUUAUAGAGCGAUGAACGCUAGAACAUGGUCCUCCUAGUGACUUCAAACAGAGGAAGUUCAUCUUCUCAGUGACUUCAAAAUUCUAAAAAAGAUAGCAAAUGUGGUCAGCUAAAAUACUUGGCUGUAUACUAUCAGCCAUAUGUUGCACCUUUUUUGGGAUACAGUUUUGCCUCGUUCCUGUAUAAUUCAUAGCUGAACAUUUUGUACCAAAAGUGUAUGGAUGGCAACAUUAUAGAAGUCAAUUCAUGAUAUUUCUGUCAAUAUUA